UUAGGGAAUGGUCUAGGGCUCUCCUUAUGGUUCAGACACUCACAAGUCCGCUCAAGGCAGCGAGGGAAAGAAGCAGCUGUACUUUCUCUCUCUUUCUGUCUGUGUCUGUCUCUCUCAUCUCUUCUUCUUAGUAUUUAUGGACUUUACUUUCUAGAGGGCUGAAGAUGGCAAGAAUGAGAAUUCAACUGGUGUGCAUGAUCCUGCUGGCUUUCACCUCCUGGAGUCUGUGCUCAGAUUCAGAAGAGGAAAUGAAAGCGUUAGAAGCAGAUUUAUUGACCAAUAUGUAUACAUCAAAGCUUAACAGAGUGAAACUUCCUUACUGGAAGAUGACCCUGCUCAAUGUGUGCAGUCUUAUAAACAACAUAAACAACCAAGCAGAGGAAACAGCAGAGUCUGAGGAAGAUGACCUCCUUCCGAGAGGACAGUUUCCUGCUGCUCUAGAUGGCUCCAGCUUGGAAGCGAUGCUGACAAUAUACCAGCUCCAAAAAGUCUGCCACAGCAGAGCCUUUCAGCACUGGGAGAUACUUCAGCAGGAUGUUUUCAAUCAAGAGGAUUCAAACCAAGAUAUAAUGAAGAGAAAAACUCCUUAUAUCCUGAAACGGCAACUACAUGUUAACAAAGCCAGAAGACCAUACAUACUCAAGAGAAGUUCAUACUACUGAUGCAGCAAAGACAGCAAUGUAUAUUUAGUUUGAGUAACUGUGCUUUAUGGUUCUUAUUUAAAUCUAAAAUCAUUUGUGUGAAAAAUAUACUAUGAAAAAUCAUCAAGAUUAUAACAUAACUGUGUCUUUUUUGCAAUUGUUGUUUCUUGAAUGUGAUUUUUCCUACUUGAGAUUAAUUGGACCAAAACAUUUACAAAUAAAUCUAGUUUCUAAGCAUGAUGUAUUGUACAAAUCUGAGAUUUCAACAUAUUUGCUACAAUAUAAAGGGUUUUUUGUGUGUGUGUUAUAAAAUACACCUUCCUACACCAAAAAGUAAAUCAAUAGUCCAUAAACACCAGUAAAUAUCAUAAAAUGUCUCAAACACCUCAAAACCAAUCUA